UGCAAAUUCAGGAAAGCAGCCAGCGCUAAAGCAGACACCAGGAGCAACAAUGCUGAGGUAUCUUCAUCUACUCUGCCUGUCAGUAUUGCUAUAUGACGCUACAGCAAGACCAUUUACAUCAUGGGAAAAGGAAAUUAAUAAAGCUGCUCAGGACACGAGGUAUGAUGAUUGGAAUGAAAAGAUGAUGUUAGGAAUCAAGGAGGUUGAGCCCCUAGAGGACCUGGAUCUGACAGAGGUCGACACUGAUCCUGGAAUGUUAUUACAGAAAGCUUUUAAGCAGCUCCGUCAGCAGCGAUACAACAAGCCUGAAGAGGACAAAGAUGAGACCUAUCAUCCAUUUGAAUCACUAAACCCAGUUGUAAAUGAGCAGCCUGACACUUACAUCGAGUCUCAGCAUGGUCAACCACACCUGUACCAAGAACCUGAGAAAGACCUGGAUGACCUCUAUCAUAACACACAGGAUCUUGUUGAACCAAAAGAGCACCCUGAACUGUUCGAGUCUGAGGAAGCAGCACUAAAGGAAGCUGAAGUAGUACAACCUGAUAGAAUGCACAUCUAUACCAGCCCAGAAGAAGACAAAGAUAGCCUGUACCAUGGAGACGUUACCGGCCAAGAGUUUGAACCAGAGGAUCCAGUCAUGCAAGGUCUUUCCAACCAACCCAGGAUGGUAUACGAAGAGCCUGAAGAGGACCUAGAUUCACUCUUCCACAGUUAAACAAGGGUUUUAAAUUAUGAAAUGAUCUUAUUUUUAUUGCUUGACUUGAAUGUAUUAUAUUCUAAGCUUAUUCAGAUUAGCAGAACAUAAUGGUUUUAUAGGGGUAUGGGGUAUUGGCUGACUGACAGUUUUUUAGUGGUGGUGAUUCAAUGACAGCAGCUUUGCAGUUAAUGAGAGUUCUUAUUCAGGAACUUCCAAAGAAUUAAUGUUAUGGCCAUAAAUACAACUUUUACCCUUUAACUGUUUAGCUUAAUUUUAAGUCUAUUUGGAUAAAAGUUAAAAAGUACAUUACUGUAAAUGAAAGCAGCAACAAGAAGAAUAAACCAUACAUUCAAAACAGA